AUGGCAAUUCUUUAUGCAAUUGCUGGAAAUGUAUUCUUUAUUGUUAUGUUUACUUGUGUAGGAUUGAUGAGAAAGGGAUAUUCUACUUUUUAGAUUAUUUAAGGGAGAAUGUGCAUUGGAAUUAUAUUAAAUUACCUAUUUUGCUAUAUCCAAAAUAUUCCUAUUUUCCCUAAAAAUUAUACAGAGCUCAAAUUAAUGGCACUAAGAGGAAUUCUAGGGGCAAUUGUCAUGCUUUUAGCAUUCACGAGUUAUAAACUGCUAACUUUAUCUGAUGCAGUCGUAGUUACAAAUACAACUCCUCUUUUCACAUGCUUUUUAUCAGUCCCUUAUCUAGGAGAAAAAUUAACUAAAAAACAAAUAUUUUAUAGUCUAUUAAGCUUCAUAGGAAUUGUAUUAGUAGUAAGACCAGCUUUUUUGUUUAAUUCUAAGACUGUUGAAAUCGAAGGAAGAAAUCAACUUUUAGGUUGUUUAUUAGGCUUGCUAAGUCUAAGUGGGUUCAUUGCCUAGAUGUUUUAGUCUCGCUCUUAUACUCUAGAAUAAGCCUCUAUAAUUACUCCUUUAUCUUACACUUAGGUUAUCAUGUCAUUUUUUGUUGAUAUUUUCCUUUUUAAUGAAUAAAUUUAUCUAACUAGCUUAAUAGGAUCAUUUUUAGUUAUUUUUGGAAGCAUUGCUAUCCUAGUAUGA